AUGCUGAACACGAACAGAAGCUUAGGCGCCUAUGCUGAAUUAAGAGGCGUUUCCGAUGUGGACUCAGACUCGGACAUAUUUUUGGAAGCCCCUGAUUCUAUGCCUCAGGAAACCGAGGCUAUCCGGAAUUUUGGUGGCGCCCCAGAAGUAAACCUGAGUCCCGAUCAGAACCCAAGUCUGGUUUCUACCCCGGACGCAAACCAAGAGCAUUUGGACAGACCUCCGGAUUCAUCUAACCAAAGAGUCGAAGGUAGCUCUUCCAACAUCGCGGUAUUCAACAACAACUUACAGGCUGAUGGUGACUUGGAACGACAACAGGAGAGAGGCCUUUCGGCCAAGCAAAAGGCUAUGAAGAUAGUGCACUAUAUUUUCCCGUUUAGACAGACAUAUGAAAGGUUGCAUAACGGCAUCAACACAGGACUACUACAAACAAACAACCCAGGCCAAUUUGUUGGCCAAGGAACUGAUGGCGUGUUUCGAAAUCUUAUGGCAAAGCCGGAUACAGAAACAACGCGGAUAGCCCAAGAGCAACAUCCUCCAACAUACGAAGAGGCAGCAGCAGAUGCUACUCCGGAAUACUGGGAAUCCACAAUGAUGAGUCCAAUUUACGAGGACGAGGUAUUCGUUCAGGGAUUGCCUGUGGGAAACAUAGCUAAUUUUGUCUGGAACAUUCUUGUGACAGUUGCAUUCCAGCUAGUGGGGUUCUUAUUGUGUUACUUGCUCCACACAUCUCACGCAGCCAAACACGGUUCUCGGGCCGGUCUCGGGAUCUACUUGGUGACGUACGGCCACUCACGGAUUCCGGCCAAUCUUGGACGUCCAGACAAGAUUCCACCACGUUAUAUCCCAGACAACCCAAACCUGUUGGAUAUUUCCAAGUCUCUGUCCAUUAAAUCUGGUGGCCGCGUUGACAAAUAUCAACUGGGAUUCCAGCAGCAUCUGGACUCUCUAGCCCGCGAGGUGUCGCUGCGGGAGCCUUAUUUUGCUUACGGAGUUAUUGCAUUUGGGAUUUUCAUGGUAUUGAAGGCUGUCUAUGAUUUUUACCACGUGAAGCAGAUGGAGAGAAGCAUGCUUGCACCGCAAGCGCAGCCUGAAACACAUACAUCUACAGAACCAGCAGACGGACCAAGCGAGGACUGA